UUUUAGUUUUUUUUUAAAAGUCAACUUAGUUUGCGCAUUUUUGAUAGGCGGCGGGAUAUUAUUCCAACACUUGGUGGCAGCGUAACGAAAACUACCCCGGAAUGCGGCCGAUUUAUGCCGCUUUGUACAUAGUUGCAAAAACCGUUGCUUUCGUUAGAUAAAUGUAGAGGAUAGUCUGGAAGAAGAUAUAGGAUAUUUACUUUUGUUUUUUUCUGAUUCUACGCGGACGCUGUCGUGGGUUAAAGCUAAUAUGAAAUAAAAAUAAUAAAAAACAUUGGUACAUGGCGGGAUUCUAACAGUAUCUACAGAUUUUAAGUCUAGAUUUUAACCUCUGAGCCACCGGAUCUCUUAUUAUAAUCUAUUUAGUUGACAAUCUCUUGACCAAUGGAAAAGUUAUCUCCAAUCUGGAUAACAUUUAACCCAAAUUGUUUAUAAACAUGUUUUUACAUCUUUCGUGCUGUUUCUUUUUAUACCUAUCUUAGUUUAAAAACAAAUGUAACAAGGUUAUAUUAGAUAGUGUAUUGCAAGUCAUUGUGACCAAGAACAUGAUUAUGGCUAACACGCCAGAAGCACGCGGCGAACUGCUGAUAUAUUAAAAAAGAUAAUACGAAAUAGUACCUACCAGAGCGAUCGUUAAUCAGUAUUACUUCACCUCCAUACAAAUAGUAAAUAUCCUUUACUUAAAGCGGUUAACAAUAGUGAUAGAGCCCUACAGAAACAAGCGUGAAUUAGGAGCAAUUCCAUGUUUCGUCUGACGUGUCCACACUCGCCUGAGACCUAAUUUUCCCUUUCCCUUUCUUCACUUCUUAAAAGGAAAGGAUGGAUAGGGAAAGUGGAUUUAACGGCGGAGGAGACGCAUGAAAGGGUGAAAUACCUUAUUUAUAUGCAUUUCCUCCUUCGUCGAUUAAGGAAACGCGUCUGCAACUGUCUAUAGACUGGGGUCACUUCGCCAUUUUGACGGAUUCAAGUGACUCGUUUGCCACCUUGUGAUAUAUAAAAAAGUGGAAUCCAUUAGAAUCGUAAUAAGAGAAAGAAGAUAAACGGAAGAAAUAGGAAUACUAUUUGUAAACACAGCUCACGCCUACAACCGAUAUGAGUAGGCAGACUACGAACUGGACUACUACCAUUUUGCGAAUCAUUGGCACACCUCCCGUCUCCUCUACAUUUAUACAACCAAGAAUGUAAGGUCGUCAGUUUCUAAUGCUCUUAAUCCAGCCCUUCAAUUAUUUAUUUCCCGUAUUCUAAAAGUGGAAGACCACAAUAUAAUGUGUUGCACAAAUAAGCCUGUCCAUUCUGCAACAGAUUACGGCGACGACCAUGUAACAUCUUAAGGGCAUAUCCUAAUGACAAUAGAUAAGGUUAUAAUUCUUAAAAAUUCAGACUUUUAUUAUUCGUAUAUUUGAGACUAAUUUUAAUAGGUAUUUAAAAAUAUUUGUACAUGUCAUUACCGCCAUCUAGUGAUCGCUUCCUAUACUAUGUGAUGCCAAAAGAUGUCCGACAAACAGUUUUACUCGGCAACUAUACAAUAGAUGGCGACAAUAUCAAAAUACACCGUUCGUCGAAAUAUAAAAAAGUUUUUGUUAAAAUUUUCACUCAAAAACUAUCCCUGUUACAAAAGUUAAACAUACAAAUAGAUCAACAUUUGCCACAAUAAUUUAAGUCAUUUCGUAUACAAGACGUGACAAUAGAUAACAUCACUUACAUAAUACAUGUAUAUUCGUGGAAACUGGCGGUGUUACGCCUAAAAAGUACAAUCGUUUAAACAUUUAGACGGGGAACAAAAAUACAACGCUUAUAAAUGUGUCUGUAUAAAAAAGUCUAUUAGAAAUACACGUCUACUCUUUUCAUUAUUAUUUGUUUGCACCAUUCACUGCUAUUUAAUAGUUAUAUUUUGGAAGGGGCGUAAUUUGUCUUGUAGAAACAAACGAGGGCAAUAUAUCCUAAAGUGGAACACAGCCGGUUUCCGCGAAUGUACAUGCUUGCGUAAAUAUUAGACUCCUCCCUCUCCCCCGCCCCAGCGAAGAUUCGGAUAAAAACAUCUGUAAGUACCACAUAAUAGUUUUGAAUCUAAAACUAGUUUAUCUCAAUAUUUUAACCUUCUGUUGACAUGAGCGACAAAUAGAAUGAUAAAAAACCGCUGUUGUAAGAUAUGUAAUAUUCAAAUAUACUGAAUUAAUAUUUGUGUAGUACACCGAAUGUUUAAAAGUGAACAAGGACGUAUCAGUGUCUAAUAAUCAUGGAUCCUUUACUAAUUUUAGGAGUAUUAGUGAUAAUUAUUGUUUAUUACAUAAAUUGUUACUUUACAAGAAAUUUUAACUACUGGAAAAAUAUAAAGGUCGUGGGACCAAAACCGAUUCCUUUAUUCGGAAACAUAAUAGCAUCAACACUUCGAAGAAAAACCGUCGCAGAGGUAAUGCAAAAUAUUUAUAACGAUUUUCCCGACGAGAAGGUGGUUGGUGUGUUCAGGUUGACAACACCGACUUUGUUAAUACGAGACUUGGACGUUGUAAAACACGUGAUGAUUAAAGAUUUCGAUUGUUUUUCCGAUCGAGGCGUUUCCUUCAGCAAAGAUGGUUUAGGAGCAAACUUAUUCCACGCAGACACUGAGAUAUGGCGGGUUUUAAGAAACCAAUUCACACCAAUUUUUACUUCUGGUAAAUUAAAAAACAUGAUUCAUUUAUUGAACGAUAGAGGAGACAAAUUCUUAAGAGAAGUGGAUAACAUUUGCGUACAAAAAAAUGAACAUGAAAUACAUUCGUUAAUUCAAAGAUACACAAUGGCAACGAUAUCAGCUUGUGCCUUUGGUCUAGACUUCGAUGCGAUGGCGGAUAAAAUGGAAAUGUUUAAGAAAAUCGAUAAAAUCAUAUUCUCAUUAUCUUACGCAAGGGAAAUCGAUAUGCUGUUUCCUGGUAUUUUGAAAAAGUUCAAUAGUACAAUAUUUACUGUGGAGCUUAGAUAUUUCUUUGAAGAUUUGGUAAAAACUGUGAUAAACGAAAGAGAUGGGAAGCCUUCGAAUCGGAAAGAUUUUAUGGAUUUAGUCCUGGAAUUGAGAGAGAAAGGUGAAAUAAAAGGAGCUAGAAGAAGCAACGAAGAUGAGGAGACUACAUUAGAAUUAAGCGAUAGUAUUAUAGCGGCACAGGCUUUUGUUUUCUAUGCGGCGGGCUAUGAAACCAGUGCAACCACUAUGUCGUUCAUGCUUUACGAAUUAGCUAAAAAUCCUAACAUACAAGAAAAACUAAUAAAAGAGAUAGAUGAUGUUAUCAAUAAACAUAAUGGAGAAAUAACAUAUGAAGCAUUAACUGAUAUGAUUUACAUGGAAAAAGUAUUUGAUGAAACGUUACGAAAAUAUCCUUUAGUUGACCCGAUACAACGCAGGGCACAAGUGGACUAUACAAUACCUAAUACGAAGAUUGUUAUUAGAAAGGGACAGAAAGUAUUUGUAUCGACAAUGGGUAUUCAACAUGAUCCUAAAUAUUACCCCAACCCUGAAAUAUUUGACCCUGAGAGGUUUUCUCCGGAAAAAGUAAGGGAUAGACAUCCUUGUGCUUAUAUGCCAUUCGGUGUUGGGCCAAGGAAUUGUAUAGGAAUGCGAUUCGCAAAAGUGCAGUCACGUAUAUGCAUAAUGAAGCUCUUAUCAAGGUUCCGAGUGGAAGCAUCUAAGAACACACAACGAGUCAUGCAAUUCGACCCUAAAAGGGUUCUAAUAGGACCUAAAAAUGGGAUUUAUUUAAAUUUAAUUUCUAGGAAUAUAUAGGCUCUUGUAUUAAAAGCAUUGUAGCCUGUUGAAAUAAAGAAAUAAAUAUACAUACAUAAUUUUUAAUACCAAAUUUAAUAAUC